CCAAAUGGAAGGCAACCAAGGCGGCCCAAGGGCGAUGGCCUCGACCUUCAGCUCAUCCUCGUCCGACGGCGACAGCCGCACUGCCCCACUCGACGGCCUCCGCGUCGUCGAGAUCGGCUCCUUCCUCGCCUGCCCGCUCACCGCGCGGCACCUCCUCGACCUCGGCGCGUCAGUCACGGCCGUGGUGCGACCAGAGUCCGCUCGGGGGCAGCGCGCUGAGCAGGCGUGGCGGCCAGAGACGACGAGGGCAUUGAGGAGUGGCAAGGACGUCGUGACCCUCGACCUCAAGUCGCCGGCCGGGCAGGAGGCGCUCGACGAGCUCCUCGUUGCGGCCGACGCUGUCGUCAUCGGCUUCGCUCCAGCGGUGUGCCGCCGGCUCCGCCUGACGGCCGAGCGGGUACAUGAGGUCAACCCUCGCGCCGUGCUUGCUCACCUGCCCGGCUUUGCGACGGGCGACGCGGAGCGGAGCAAGAUUGAGGCGUGGGAGGCGUCCAUCCUCGCAGAGGCCGGCGUCUUCCGAGACAUGGGCAUCAACCGCCAGCUCGCUGGCAAGCUCGCCUCGUACUCGCCUCUGCCUCUCGCAUCGUCGUACGCCUCCAUCUUUGCCGCCCUCGGGGUCGUGUCUGCUCUGCGCAAGCGCACGACUCUGCCGCCCGGCGCGGCGCCGCGGCUCUCUCUGGAGGUGCCCCUCGCCUCCGCGCUGUGCGACGCGCUGGUGCACAACUCGCUGCAGCACGAGGUGCCCGAGGAGUACCGCUCGCGCAGGCAGCGCGCCCUCGACAAGCAGCGGGCCGGCGAGCCGCUCGACUACUUUGAGACGCUCGAGCUGACGGACCCCUUCUUCUCGCACUACACCACCGCGGACGCGCGACCCUUCUACCUCGUCGCGCCCUGCCACCUCCGCCACCAGAGGCGCGCGAUCGCCGUGCUCGGGAUCGAGAAGCAGGUCGCCGCCCUCGGCGUCCCGCUCGCCGCCACGUACGCCGCGUCGGCGGUGGGCGCGAACGCGCCGCGGCACGGGUUCGGUGCCGGCCAGAUCGGGGACGACUGGGCGCCGAAGCUGCGCAAGCUGAUGCGGCGCGCCUUCCUCACUCGCACCGCCUACGAGUGGGAGGCCGCCCGCUGGCGCCGCGGGCGUGGAGCGCUGGGCGGCCCUUCCCUGAGCCUCGGCCGGGCGGCGCCCGCCGCGCCGCCCCCGCCUCCGUCGCCGGCGGCAGCGUGGGAGGGCGGCCGGUCCGGCGGGGGCUGGAUGGAGGGUGUCGAAGUGCUCGACCUCUGCAACGUGAUUGCCGGCCCGACCAUCGGCACGAUGCUCGGACAUGUGAUUGCUGGCCCAACCAUCGGCACGAUGCUCGCGCGUUUCGGCGCAAAGGUGACCAAGGUGGACUCGCCGCGCCCAACCUACUCGCCGGAGAUCACCGUCCUGUACGGCCUGGCGGCCAACGCCGGCAAGCGCUCCGUGCUGCUCGACGUGUCGCCCGCCGAGGCCGCGGGGCGGGCCGCCUUUGAGGCCCUCGCCGCGCGCGACCGCUCCGGCGCUCUCUCCAGCGGCGUCGCUGCACAGUGCUUGGCCCGGCUCGGCAUCACGCCUGCCGAGCUCCACCGGAUGAACCCGAACGUCGUCCUCUCGCGCUUCGACGCGUACGGCGGCCCGAACGAGGGCAAGGGCGAGCGCGCGGACCACAUCUCGUACGACGACAACCUGCAGGCGGCCCUCGGCAUCAUGGAGCGCUUCGGCGGCGGGCUCGGCCGCGAGCACGCGCACGUCGGCACAAUCGACGUCGCGGCGGGCGUCGCCGGCGCGCUCGCGACGGCCGCGACGCUGCUCUUGCGAGAGCGGCGCGCGACGGGCGAGCUGCCGCCGGCGCCGCCCCGCUCCCUCCUCAUCGCGCGCGCCUCGCUCGCGUCGGUCGGCCAGAUGGUGCAGUUCCCGUUCUGCUGCGGCCCGCCGGCCGCCCUCGCGGCGGAGGGGGACCGCUCGGUGGACACGCCGCUCAACCGAGGCCCCGAAUGCCGUGGAGAGCACUCGCUGCUCCACUGCUACUCGACGGCCGACGGGUCGUGGCUGCUCCUCGUCGCCUCCCUCCUCCCGCCUUUGAGGAUGGGCGAGGACGAGCUCAAGACGGUGCUGCGCCACCUCUCGCUCGCCGACGGGCGGCUGCACGCGGCGCUGCGGCCCGCACUCGAGCGCGGCGUCGGCGGCGUGAGCGACGCGGCGCUCGAGGCCGCGGUUGGCGGCGCGCUGCGCGCGGGCCCCUCCGCGUCGUGGUGGGCCGAGCGGCUCGGCGCGGUCGGUGUGAGCGCGGUGCCGCUCGCGUCCUUCGACGUGCUCCGCGAGAGCAACAUCCUGGCGGCGGAGGACUGCACCGUCGACCUCGGCGGCUCCACCUUUCAGUUCCUGCGCCACGGGUCGCACCCGCUCGGCUCGCCGCUCGUCAUGUUUGCGCCGUGCUCCGUCCGGACGCCCGGCGGGCGCGGCCUCGCCGUACCGCUCGAGGACGCGCCGCGCUACGGCGAGACCGCGCGCUCGCGGUGCGGCGGCGACUUGUGGGCAGCGUCCCUUCACACCUGCCGGCUGCGAGCAGGCGAGCACACGCUCGAGGUGCUCGGCGAGCUCGGCGUCGACCCGACCCUCCUCCUCUCGCGCCACGCCGCGGCCACCGGCUGGUGCGACGACUACCUGCCCGGCAAGGCGUCGCAGACGCUGCCCGACAUCCCCCGGCCGGUGCUGAAGACGUGCCCCGUGUGCCUCGACCCGAUCAAGCGGCACGUCGGGCUGGCGUGCUCCCACUGGCUCUGCCACGACUGCGCGGUGCGCUGCUCCAACGCGGGGCUCGCCUCGUGCCCCGUCUGCCGCCACCCGCAGCUGCUCGACCCCGUCCGCCUCGCUCGCCGCUCGGUGGAGUGGCGCGCCGCCUACGGCUCGUGGCGGCAGGGCGGCGUGCGCGGCUCCAAGGGCGAGGCCUCCUCGAUCAGCAGCGCCGCGCAGGCGCCGGCGCGCUCCCUCGUCACCUCGGCGGCGGGGGACCUCGCCAAGGGCUCCUUCCGCAAGUGGAGCGGCGCCAGCCUCGCGCACAGCUCGCCGAUCCGCGCGAUGAAGUCGUGCGCCGCCGGGCUGAGUCUCGCGGAGGUGCGCGAGCAGGAGCUGCUGCGCCGGCGCGACUCGGACGCCUCCUCGGCCCGCUCCUCCGCCCGCCUCUCGGCCGGCUCGGGCCGCUCGCCCGGAGCCCCUCGCCCCGCCCACGAGCUGCGCGACUCGCUGGGCAGCGAGGCGCCCGGCCGGCCGGCGAUCGCGCUCCUGUAGCCUCGGUCGUGGGCGACUGACCCCCGGCGUAUCGCUUCUCAGGUGCCUACCCGGCCGGCGUCGCGCUCCUAGGAGCAGCGCCGCCCCGCAGAGAGGCCUCGCCCGGGUGCCUCUCGCUGCGCCAGGCCUCGCCCAUCGGCGCCUGCCGGUGGCCGCUCCGGGCGCCACCACCUCUGCCGGUCUCCUCCUAUCCUCUGAGUGCGAUCGGAUGGAGAGGCGAGGCCGGUGGUUAAAAGAUGAACAUGUGUGCAAUAGACUUGUGGUGCUGUGCAGUGCGUGUGCAGUGCGCGUGGUGGGAGAGGGUGGGAAGGGCCCACUGCGGAAAGUGUCCAGUGCGCGGCGGCUCGCGGCGGCCAUGCGUCCUCUAGAGUGCGAUCGGAUGCCGACGUCGGAGCAGGGGCCCCUGUCAGAAGUGAUUCAGGUGUGAGUUGGAGGGAGGUGCGCGUACUCUACAGUGUGUGCAGUGCAGGGGAGACAUGUGGCUGGGUGGGGAGACGAGAAGGGUGUCGCCGAUUAAGAAGACGCUCUAGCCUGCCUCUCACUGGGAGUCCUCUUGUGUGGAGAAAUUUACCUUA